AUCCUCUGUUUACCACGCCCAACGACUCCGCUUCCCCAUCCCACCACCACCCUCCGCUUCAUUUCCCUUUCCUUUCCUGGCUUCCCACUCUUUUCCCCUUCAGCCCAGCCCAAGCGAAGCCAUCGUCGCCAAGAACUCAUCAAUCAAGUGAAGAAGCCAAGAAACCCCGCCGCCGCUCUGCGCUGCUCCGCUCCGCUCCAGGAACAUUUACUUUUUUCUUGUGUGUGAUGCCCCAGUUCCUUUACCUAUUUCUUGGUUGUGGUUUUGUGGUCUGGUCCGAGGACCCAACGGCCCGCCGCAAAAUCUCUCCCCUUCUGUGCUCGUUUGUGCGUGCGUUAUUGGACCUGGCUACGGGGGGAUUUCAUCUUUAUCAGUUGCUGGGCUUUCCAUGUUCUUUCGCAAUGGACUAUACCUCGGAUGGAGAUUCUGAGCUUGAAGCUUAUGGGUCUGACACUUAUGCACUUCUGCUGUCAGGAGAUAUACAAGUGAUGAAUGAUGAGGGCUUGUACAAAUGCCCCUUUUGUUCGGAUGAAAAGGAUGACUAUAACAAAUAUGAUUUACUGCAGCAUGCCCUUGGUGUGGGGGCUGCACAUGAUCAGCAAGUGAAAGAGAAGGUAGACCAUCGAGCCCUCGCCAAGCAUUUGAAGGAUGAUGAACCAGCUAAAUCGCAUAGCCCACUCCUGCAGCCAAUUGUUAUAGAUCCACAGCCUCCUCAACAUAACAGAGAUGACCUGUUUGUCUGGCCCUGGAUGGGUAUCAUAGUCAAUAUGCCUUCUGAAUAUGUUGGAAAAAGUGCAAACCGGCUGAAGGAGCAUUUCUCACGUUUCUAUCCUGUGAAAGUGCACCAUGUGUACAGUAAAGGUCGCCCUACAGGAAAUGCUAUUGUUGAGUUUGGGAAGGACUUGGUUGGUUUUAGAAAUGCACUAACAUUUGAGAAUCAAUUUGAGAAGGAAGGGCAUGGGAAAAUAGGCUGGCAGGAAAAACAGCAUGGAGGGCCAGAGCCUUUUGGAUGGAUCGCUAGAGCAGACGAUUACAAUGCUCCAGGAGCAAUAGGGGACUUUCUAAGAAAAAAUGGUGAUCUGAAGACGGCUGACGGUGUUGAGGAUGAAGAAACAAUGAAAAAUAACAAACUUGUGGCCAGUUUAUCUUUUAAAGUUAUUGAAACUGAUAUGCAUAUACAAGAACUGAAAUCUGUGUAUCAGGAGAGAACUGCGUCACUGAAAAGAAUGAUGGAGCAGAGGGAACAGCAGCUACAGUCAUACAAUCAAGAAAUCCAAAAGAUGCAACAGCUUUCUGUUGAACAUACAAAAACGAUUGUUGACGAGAACAAGAAGCUAAGCCUGGAUCUUCAGUCUAUGACGCAUGAGCUUGAUGCAAGGUCCAAACAAAUUGAUGAGUUGGCUGCACAGACUGAUUGUGACAGAAGAAACCUUGAAUUGGAGAAGCAAAGGAAUGCAAUGAAGUUCAAUCAUCUUACCCUGGCAGAACAGGAGUAUCAGAAAGCUGAUGAAAAUGUUCUAAAGCUUGUCGAACAACACAAGAGAGAAAAAGAAACUGCUUUAAACAAUAUUAAGAAGUUGAACGAAAAGCUGCAUCUGACGCACAAACUUCAAUUGGAUAUAAAGCACCUGACAGGAAAAUUGGAAGUGAUAAAGCUCACACCAGGCAAUGAAACUUCAGAAUCGGGGAAAAGAAUAGCGGAACUGACAGAGGAGCUGCGUGAUAAGAUCGAGGAGAUGGAUUAUACAGAAAACUACAACCAAGAUCUAAUCGUACAAGAAAAAAAGACUGCUGUUGAGUUGCAAGAAGCUCGGAAACUGGCGAUAGAUGCAAUACAGCGUUUUCCUGGCCAGACCAGUGGCAAAGCACACAUCGGCAUCAAGAUGAUUGGUGAGCUUGACUUGAAAGCAUUUUCAAAUGUGUGCAGGCAAAAAUUUCCAAAAGAUGACGCCGAAGUUGAAAGUGUUAAGCUUUGUUCAAAGUGGCAGAAUGAAAUUAGCAAUCCAAACUGGCAUCCUUUUGUGGCUGCUAUGGUGAACGGAAAAGAGUCGGAAGUGAUCAGGGAGGAUGACAAGAAGCUCCAGGAACUGAAAGAGGAGUACGGUGAGGAAGCCUAUACUGCAGUUACAAUGGCGCUGACCGAGCUCAAUGAGCACAGUAGCAGCGGCAGCAGGGUUCCUUUCCCCGAGAUGUGGAACUACAAGGAGGGGAGGAAAGCGAAAACAAAGGAAAUUGUCCAGCAUGUCAUCAAGCUGGCCAAGGCGAGCAAAAAGGGGCGUUGAGCAGCUCAGCACUAUAUGGCUCCUCUAUCAGUGAACCGAAGCUAGAACCCUAUAUAUGUUUUAUCAUGUAUUAAGUCACUAAGUGGAGUGGAAACGUAACCCGAUGCAUUUUAGUGGAGCUACCUAUUUCUAUCUGCAGUAAGUGAAGCUGGAAGCAGCUACAUUGUCCAUUGGUGGACAGUCUGCUGUUCUUCUGUUAGUGUCGUAUAUGGGAUGUCACUUAACUGGUUACGUAUUGGUUCAACGUAACUAUCUGAUGGAUUA